AAACUCUGAAGAUUCUAAGCGACAGGGCUAAGGUAAGACAGAGAAACAGCCAAGGCCUCACACAGCUACGAAACUCGGUGCCGCCGUGCUGCUGUCUCCUCCCCUGCCGUUAGUGCGUCGGAAGCAGCCAAACAUGGCCGCGGAUAUCAAAGCCGACGACGACAUUCGCCACCACCAGCACCGCCUUAUUAUUUCAGAACCCCUAGAAUUGGAAGAAGAAGACGACGACGAAAAGAAGCCUCCUCAGAAGACAAAGCGCGUGGCUUCGCUCGACAUCUUCAGAGGCCUUACUGUUGCUUUGAUGAUUUUGGUUGAUGAUGCUGGAGGAGAGUGGCCUAUGAUAGGACAUGCACCCUGGAAUGGUUGCAAUCUUGCUGAUUUUGUGAUGCCCUUCUUCCUCUUCAUUGUAGGGAUGGCCAUUCCACUUGCUUUUAAGAGAAUACCAAACCGGCUUAUGGGCACCAGAAAGGUCAUUCUUAGGACUCUCCAACUCCUAUUUUGGGGCCUCUUAUUACAAGGAGGUUUCUCACAUGCUCCCGACAAAUUAACAUAUGGUGUCGAUAUGAAAAUGAUAAGGUGGUGUGGCAUCCUGCAGAGAAUUGCUCUGGCAUAUUUUGUAGUGGCACUGAUAGAAAUCGCAACUAAAAAUGCUCAAGCUAAGGAUAUACCACCUGGCAGGUUCUCGAUAUUCAAAUUAUAUUGUUAUCAUUGGCUCGCUGGAAUAGCCGUUCUUAUUAUUUACUUGGCCGUACUUUAUGGAACUUAUGUUCCAGAUUGGCAUUUCACCGUCCACGAUAAGGACAGUCCUCGUUAUGGGAAGAUGUUCAAUGUAGCUUGUGGUGCAAGAGGAAAACUGAAUCCUCCUUGUAAUGCAGCCGGUUAUAUUGACAGAGAAGUGCUCGGAAUCAAUCACAUGUAUGGACAUCCAGCCUGGAAGAGAUCUAAGGCUUGCACCAAGAAUUCGCCAUAUGAAGGACCUUUGCUCAAUGAUGCACCUGCAUGGUGUUCGGCACCUUUUGAACCGGAAGGAAUUCUAAGCUCAAUAUCUGCUAUCCUCUCUACAAUUAUCGGUGUGCAUUACGGCCAUGUGCUUAUCCAUAUGAAGAGUCACUCGUAUAGACUGAGGCAUUGGGUUACGAUUGGUGUUGCUCUACUUGUAUUAGGAAUGAUCCUUCAUUUCACAAGGGCAAUUCCUUUGAACAAGCAACUCUACACUUUUAGCUAUGUUUGUGUAACAUCAGGAGCGGCUGCUUUGGUGUUCUCAGCCCUCUAUACCCUGGUUGAUAUUUGGAACUGGAAAUACCCGUUUCUACCAUUAAAAUGGAUUGGCAUGAAUGCUAUGCUUGUAUACGUUAUGGCAGCUGAAGGAAUCUUUGCCGGGUUCAUUAACGGGUGGUACUACGAUGAUCCCCAUAAUACACUGAUACACUGGAUCCAGAAGCACAUCUUUAUAGGAGUCUGGCAUUCAAGAAAAGUGGGCAUUCUCCUCUAUGUAUUAUUUGCAGAGAUACUGUUCUGGGCAUUGGUUGCCGGCGCCUUACACAGGCUGGGCAUUUACUGGAAGCUUUAAGCUUAACAGAUGGAAACUGUGAAGUUCUGUGUAGCUCUCCGGACGACUUGUCCGAUUGCCUGAGUACCGGCUACUCUUCCGGCAGGUGCUGCCACAGCAAAUCAAUCAAGCGUGCUUGAGAAAUGUAUGGAUGCAGCACAAGCAAUGCCUUUUGGCUAGUGAUUCUUUGCUGGGUGUUAGAUUGCCGCGCUAGGAGAUUAAUUGUUUUCUGUUCAAAUUCUUCCAGAUGUUGUGGCUAAAAGACUUAAAAAGUUUGUAACUAUCAAACCUUGUAACAUGUUGUGGUUAUUUGCAUACAAUGGUUUUGCUUUUCAA